UCGAUUACUGUAUUUAUAUCGUAUGUUUUACUGGAAUUGAGAGUUGCGGGGGAUCUUUUGAUUCUGUUUUACAUGGAAUGAUUUAUAAUUUUUCUUUCAUCUAAAAAAUGAACAAUGGAAGUUUUAUUGUAACCGCUGGAUUAGGUGAAGUAGAAGCUAACUCUGCAAAUAUUGCUUUUUCUCGAAGAUUCUAUUUUUUUGCUUCUCAAUAAGCACUUCUCUCUUUCAAAGUUUAAACAUAAUGGGGAACGAGGAUGAUGGUGACUAUAUUUUCUAUGGCACACCGAUUAUGAGAGAAGAGGAAUUGCAAGUUCGGAAGCGGAAGAAUUCUUUGGACACAGGACAAGUCCGUAGGCUUCCACCGUGGAAACAAGAGGUGACAGAUGAGGAAGGGAGACGGCGAUUUCAUGGAGCUUUUACAGGAGGUUUUUCUGCAGGCUUCUAUAACACUGUGGGGUCCAAAGAAGGAUGGACUCCACAAACAUUCACAUCAUCACGAAAAAAUAGGGCAGGUGUGAAAGAUCAAACAAUAUUGAACUUUUUAGAUGAAGAUGAGAAAGCAGAAUUAAACGCACAGGAGCUUAGUGCUUCAUCUCAAUUUGAUACAUUUGGAUUUACAGCUGCAGAGAUGGUUCGGAAAGAAGCUGAAAAGGAACAUCAGACAAGGCCCUCUGCUAUUCCUGGUCCUGUUCCAGAUGAAUUAAUCAUUCCUGCUGCAGAAUCUAUUGGUGUGAAAUUACUGGUUAAGAUGGGAUGGCGACAAGGACGAUCCAUAGGAGCAAGCCAUACUGCUGCUAUUUCUGAGUCACGUCGUAAAGCUCGGAAAGCUUUCUUAGCACUUGCAAAGGAGGAUGGACCUCCUGUUGAGAGGUCUCCACUUAUGCAAAAUGAAUCCUUCAAAGAUGACAAAACACAUGAACCUGGAGAGGAUUAUGAUACUACCGUUCAUGUUCCUCGUAGUACACCUGUCUUUGUCAUUCAUCCGAAGAAUGAUUUAUAUGGGCUUGGUUAUGAUCCGUUCAAAAAUGCGCCAGAGUUUAGAGAAAGGAAGGAAAUUCAAACUUCUUUUGGAAAGGAGAAAAGUUGGAGCAAGGUGGAUCGUUUGCAAGGAAGGCUAUUCAGACCAAAUGCUGGGAAAAUUGCUAUGGGCUUUGGGAUUGGUGCUCUUGAGGAUGUAGAUGAAGAGGAUGAGGACAUUUAUGCUAAUGACAUUUUCAUUGCGCCUCAAGAUGAUGAUGAACAGCCCUCAUGUAGCCUGGAGGCCAAAAAGGGAAAGACAUUCAAAACUCGUGAUGACAUGUUGCCUGGAUUCGAGGUUUCAUCUAUCUCAAGCUGUCGCACUGAGUGGUUUAAUCCUCCUGUUAUUCCUCCUGGAUUUGUACCAAAACACAAUUUCUCUGUUCCUCUUGAGAUUGAGUGUAAAGUUAGUGAGCUACCCCCACCUGAGGGAGCUCCACCAGAUGACUCAGAGCUGAGGAUGAUGAUUGAUGGCCUUGCGACUUUUGUAGCGAGAAGUGGUAAAAUAUUUGAAGAUCUUUCUAGGGAGAAGAAUGCAAACAAUCCACAGUUCGGUUUUCUUUUCGGAGGACCGGGCCAUGAUUAUUACAAGAGAAAAUUGUGGGAGGAGCAAAGGAAGCUUGCUGAAAGAAGCAAGUCUGUUACAGAGAAUUCACAUGAAAAUAAGAGGCAAAAGCUGAAUUCAGAGGACCGGGGGCGAGUUUUAGGUGAAACUCCUUUAGAAAGAAGUUUAAAAUCUUCUAGUGGGUUUGUUCCACCUGGGGAUGUUGCUCGCCUUCAAUCAGUUCUUUCUGACACCUUUACCAAGCCAAUUUCACAGCUUGAAGGUGCAUCUGCCAAUCGACCUUUUAAGACUGAUCCAUCUAAACAGGCAAGAUUUGAACAAUUUCUCAAAGACAAGUAUCGAGGGGGUCUCCGCUCUACAUGUAUAGAAGGCAAUAUGUCAGACGUAGAACGUGCACAAGAAAGACUUGACUUUGAAGCUGCUGCAGAGAUAAUUGAGAAAGACAAUCGAACUAAACAGAACUCUGUUCCUUCAAAUCAGCACUUGGACUUAGUAUCAACUGUUGGAAAUCGGUUUACAUCUGGUGGUAUAGAAACAAUGGGGUCCAUGCUGCAGCAGAAAAGUCAUGAAAAGACAGAAAACUUGGAGACAAAGCAACUUCCACGCAGAGAGGAGCAUCAGUGGAGACCAGCUUUACUUCUAUGCAAGCGUUUUAAUCUGCUGGAUCCAUAUGCUGGAAAGCCUCCUCCUUUACCUAAGGUGAGAAGCAAGAUGGAUUCACUCAUUCUGAUCUCGAAUCCUCUGAGAGACUUACCUGAAACAUCAUCAGCAAAUGAAGACAGAUCCAAUCCUCAAGAACUGCAAAUCUCCCAGUCACAGCUGGAAGUCCUCAGUGCUAAUGAUGAUGGUAACAGCAAGGAAGAAUUGAUUGAAUUGAAGGAUGCUGUUGUUAAGAAGCCUGUUGAUUUGUAUAAGGCGAUAUUCUCAGAUGAGUCUGACACUGAGGCAGAAGAAACCGAAGAGAAGCAAAUGGAUAUUCAAGAUAAGAGUACUCAGGGAGCCAAUGCAACUUUGAAUCGAUUAAUUGCUGGUGAUUUCCUUGAAUCACUUGGGAAAGAGUUGGGCCUGAAAGUCCCGUUGGAGUUAGAUAUGCCACAGAAAGGAAAGAAUGUUCUAAUCCAUAACAAAGAACCAAAACAAAAGGGAAAUUCUGAAAGUGGCAUAGAAAAUGAUAGAUUACUGUUACCUGAUUAUUCUGUCCAGAAAUUGUCGGAUGAAAAUCCUAAUGCAAGUUUUAGGAUGCAUGGCCAUACAUCAAUUUUGCCCGAUGAUCAGAAAGAAGCUAGUAUGUACAGGAUUCAUGAAGUACAGCCUACCAAAGACAGUAAAGGCAAUGAAGAAGUCACCGUCCAGCAUGGAAAUGGAAGGAGUAAUUAUGCAGGCAAAUCAUCUGGUGGUGAUGCACGUAACAGUGGUUCUUCUGAAUAUGAUAGAGACAAAGACAACAUUAAAGAGAAGAAAAGGAAACGAGAAUCAGGGCAUCGAGAAAGGGAGAAAUCACUUUCAAAAAGACAUCACCGAAGGGAGCAUAGUUCACGAGAUGAAAAUAAGGUGAAAAAGGAAAUGAUUUGCAGAGAAAAUAGCUGGUCUGGGUCAGACAGAAGUUUGUAUAGAAGAAUGACUAUCCUAAUUAAAAUGAAACAAUUAUACACGAGAAGAGAGUAGUAGCAGCCACAGAUGAAGAGAGACCGGGAUAAGGAUAGACACUAUCAUAGAAGGCACAAAAACAGAAAGCAUCAUCGCAGAAGAAGUUCAUCAUCCUCUUCAUCAGAAUAUUCAAAAUAACUGUAAUGUAUUCCUAUUGUUGUUUUUGUAAUGUUAGCUUAAAUUUUAAGUUCAGAAAAGUGCUUCUAAAAUAUCUCAAGAAGAUAUCAGUAGUGCUUAACCUUUUAAGGAAGCAUCAAUUGCAAGCCAAUAUAAGCAAGUGCUUUUUCAGUACAAAGGUAUAUCCUGUAUUGCAAAAGUCCUUUAUGAGAGAGGUUUACAACUUGAUCCCUUAGAAAAAAAUGGUUGUAUGAAACUCUGAAUAGGAUCUUUUCAAUGUGUUCACUUCUUAGAACAUCCUAUGCAUAUCUCUAAGUGUUUCACCUUGAAGCGAUAUAUCUAGCCUUUGCUUAGCUUAAAAAUAUGAGCAUCAUUGGAAAAGUAUUUCGGCUUGAUCCUCUUUAUUAUCAGAAGUUUGAGCUAUACUUUUUUUCUCUUUUCCUGUCAUCUUUUCAUUGCUUUUCUGAGAAAGAGCAAUUUAAUGAAAUCUGCAACUUCAUCAUCA